CUGGGAGUAUCUGUCGCCGUACUGGUUCGACUUUGUCAGGUGGCAGCUCCUGUGGGAUUCUGAGCUGGUCUACCUAAAAGAAGACAUUCUGACGGAAAACGUUCUGCUGACGCGAUUUCUCACCCACUGGACUGAUUUAGUUCUGGAACGCAUGCCCUUCUACUGUAUAGUCCGAAUCCUGGAUCAGUUUUUCCUGCACGGCCCGAAAAUCUUGUUCCGGGCAUGUUUGGCCAUGAUGUUGAGCACCAAAGAGAAGGUGCGCGAGAAAUUGGGGCCUGCGUUCGAUCUUGCCGAGUCCAUUCUCAAAACCCGAAGUACAAAGGAGGACGAUAUGGGCGUAGAGCUGUUGCAAGGAGAAGAACGCGCUGCACCCGCAAUGAGGUCACAUGAGGUGG